GUAUUAAAGUGUCUCUCUUUAUCCUUACACAGCAGUGAAAAAUGAAUCCCCCACUAUCCCACAGUAAUCUAUUGAUUCUAUAUUUACCCCUGGAUAGGAAUAGAAAGCGAUCGGAUUGGAGCAGAAGAUUAACAAAGAGAUGAAGAUUCAGUGCGACGUGUGUAACAAAAAGGAGGCCUCCGUGUUCUGCACCGCAGACGAGGCCGCCCUGUGCGACGCUUGUGACCACCGCGUCCACCAUGCCAACAGGCUUGCUUCUAAACACCAACGUUUUUCCCUUCUCCAUCCUUCCUCUUCUAAACAAGCUCCUCUUUGCGACAUCUGUCAGGAGAAACGGGCCUUCUUGUUUUGUCAACAAGACAGGGCAAUUCUAUGCAGAGAUUGUGAUGUUCCAAUUCACUCAGCAAACGAACACACCCAGAAGCAUAACAGAUUUCUACUUACAGGGGUUAAGCUCUCUGCUACCUCGGCUGUCUACACAUCCUCCAUCGUUUCCUUAUCCAACGGUGGUGAUUCUGUUCCUGAAUUCAAGUCUCAACCAUUGGUCAAGAAUCCUGUCUCUGCUUCUCCAGCGAAUUUGAAUCCAUCUUCGCUUGCUAAAUCUUCAUCCAUGAGUACAACAGCAGCAUCAGUAAUUAGCAAGAGCAGUGGAGAAAAUCUGUUAGAAAGUGAAGGGGGUAUUUCAACGAGUAGCAUAUCCGAAUACUUGAUAGAGAUGCUUCCAGGGUGGCGCGUUGAAGAUUUCCUUGAUUCCUCAUUACCUCCCUUUGGUUUCUGUAAGAGUGAUGAUGGUAUGUUGCCGUUUUUUGAUGCUGAUCUUGAGAGCAAUAUGACUACGUUCUCACCAGAAAGUUUGGGUCUUUGGGUUCCGCAGUCACCAUCUUCGCUGUAUCCUCCCCAAUAUUCUUCACAAAUGGGAGGCCAAAUUGGGGUCAAGGAGACAAAGGAAAUUGUAGGCAUGAAAGCUAACGGGAGAAGGGCAGAUGAUGCCUUUACAGUACCACAGAUCAGCCCUCCGUCCACUGGCUCCAAGAGAUCUAGGCCUCUCUGGUAGGAUCAGAUCUUCAAAGUACAAAAGCUUCGUGUUCUCUUAUUGUUUGACGAGGGGCUUAAGUUCCCAUCUUUGCCUUAUAUUUGUAUUUUCUGUCUUCCCGUUUAUUGCCAAGUUGAUUUCAGUUUGAUGUUUCAUUUUCCCUACUCUAAUAGGGCCGGUUUUGUUUGCAGUAUUUUGUUCCUUUUUCCCUCUCUAUGUACUUGGGGGAAUGCAACUACUUUGUAAAUAUCAAUGAAACUUUUCGAAGUUACUUC